AUGGAAAGGAUUUUAUUUUACUAUCUAUUAUUUCUCUUGCUCAGUCAAAUCCUAUGUUCAGGUUCAAGUAGGACAGAAAAUGAAGAAACAAGACAUAUCGACAUAAGACAACAAAUUACCAGCAAAAUUUCCACUGUCCAAAAAGACAUCACCACUCCAAUAACCACCAUACCAACAAUUUCAACACCUCCAUUUUUCAAUCCUAAUUCAAAUCCAGAUACAGUUUCACCAACUUCCACAUUUCCAUUUACAACUCCAAACACAGUGAAUUCUUUUCCAAUUUUUUCUGGUUUAAGUUGGUGUGUUGCGAGUCCAAGUGCUUCAUUAAUUGCUUUACAAGUUGCAUUGGAUUAUGCUUGUGGAUACGGCGGCACCGAUUGUUCGGCGAUUCAACCCGGUGGAAGCUGUUAUAAUCCGAGUUCUAUUCAUGAUCAUGCUUCUUAUGCAUUCAAUAAGUAUUAUCAUAGGAAUCCUUUGCCAAAUAGCUGCAAUUUUGGUGGAACUGCUGUCAUUACUAGCACUAAUCCAAGUAAGGCUUUUCCUAUAAUCAUUUUCUUUCCAACUUUUUCAGUACUAUUAGUGCAUGUUUGGAUCCGUCGUGAGAUUGGCUGA